AUGGCCGGCACUCGCCGCGUCGCUGCGCUCCUCCUCCUGCUCGCCGUCGCGUCCACCGUCGCCCUGGCCACGCGCGACGGCGCCCAGGUCAAGACCAAGCCCUCGCCGGCCCUCAAGAAGCCGGCCAAGCCGUACGUUCCCUCACCGCCCGGCAAGAAGCCGGCCAAGCCCUACGUGCCGCCGGCCACCAAGCCCGGCUCAGGUGCCGUUGGCGGUGCGGGCGGCAGCGGGGGCGGCGUCAUCCCCACCAUCCCGGGCUUCGGCAGUAUCCCCGGGUUCGACGUUCCGGGCAUGGGCGGCGGGUGGGGCGGCGGAUACGGCGGGCCGACCGGCGGGUACUCGCGCGGCGGCGUGGUGGCCUCAACCACCGUGUGCUCCGAGAAGGGCCCCUGCUACAAGAAGAAGCUCACCUGCCCCAAGAAGUGCUACAAGUCCUACAGCGGCUCCGGCAAGGGGUGGGGCGGCGGAGGAGGCGGGGGCGGCUGCACCGUCGACUGCAAGACCAAGUGCAUCGCCUACUGCUGAUCGGACGGCGCGCGAGCUGGGCGGCCUUUCCGCUUGGACGCUUGGUGGAUGGCGCCGGCCGGUGAGUGAGAGUGAUCAGUAAUUCAGUAUACGUGUCGAUCGUAGCCAAAUAUGCCGUGACAGUGCAUAUGGCUACUGAUGGCGAUAUGCACGAGAGGCACAUAUGAGUGCAUUACGAUAUUUCUUCCCCGAUAAUUAAUCGGCUGCAACGUGUUCUUGCUUCUACUACACUAUAGUAGUAUUACUCGGUA